AUGGUGUACGUAGCGGCUGUUUACGGGAAAUGGGAGAGGAGAGAGCAAGGGACUUGGUUCUUCGUAGUGGAUGACGACAAGGGCGGUAGACUGUUCUCAUUGAGAGAUGGUUGUACCCAUGGCGAGCUUGUUGAAAUGGCAAACGAUGAAUAUGGGGUUGAUUCGAAUUCUGAGCUUAUUGAGGUUUCGUACCCACUUCCAGCUGAUAUUAUCCAGGGGGUACCUAUCGAUUCUCCUCCUACGUUUGUAACGACUGAUAGGCAAGUUCAAGUCUUGGUAGAACUAAGUCGACUGCAUGUUAUACGGCUGAGUGUUUCGAGCAAGCGGAUGAAUACUGCGAAAAGCGAUUUACCAGAUGGUGAUAAUGUCGGAUCGGAUAGCGAGUGGGGCUUGUCUACUGAUGAUGAAGAUUGGGAUGCACAGGCAAACGAAUACGAUGAUGCAGACGAUGAACCCGUAGAUGAACCAAGACCAACAACCGAUUGGACCAAUGGUGAGAUUGAUGAAGCAGAAGCUGAUUAUAGUGAGUAUGGCAGAGUCCCAGACGAAGAUGUGCGCGAGAAAAAGGUUCCGCUUGAUGAUAUCCGGCUCAAAGGACGCUGCUAUAAUGAAGGAGGACAUUUUGAUAAGUAUAGGGACGCCGUUAUCAAGGUUGGACAGCGUUUUGCAAGCAAGGAUGAACUUCUAAAUAUGUGUCGAUUGAUGGCUGUAGUGCACAGAUUCUCGUUUCGUGUCUUCAAGUCCUCACCAGCUCUCUUUGUUGCCACUUGCAACGUAAACGGAUGUGCAUGGCGAGUUAGGGCGUCUCUGAAGAACGAGGCAAUCGCGUUUUUCGUCACAAAGUAUGUGAGUACUCAUACUUGUUCUGUCGCAGACCGAGUAGCGAACCGGAAAAGCUGCACACCAAAAUAUAUCGGCGCCUUAUUCAUAGAGAGGGUUGGGAUUAUCGAGGGAAUUGUGCCUGAACACAUCGUCAUAUCCAUGAAAGUGAUGUUCGGCUUGAAGCUGAACUAUACGACAGCAUACAGGUCUUUGAGAGCUGCUCAUGAAUACGUCAGAGGGACACCUGAAGACGGGUAUGCGAACUUGGCUUCAUACUUGCAUAGAACGAAGGAAGCAAACCCUGGAACUAUUACCGACCUUGUCCGGGAUAAACUUGAUCGCUUCAAGUACUGCUUUAUAUCUUUUAGAGCUUGCAUGGUUGGUUUUCAGUACUGCAGGCGAGUGGUUAUUGUUGAUGGGACUCAUCUGACGGGGAAGUAUGGUGGUACACUUCUUGUCGCAGCCGGGCAGGAUGGUAAUUUUCAAGUCUUCCCUUUGGCUUUUGCUGUCGUAGAUGCCGAGAAUAAUGAGUCUUGGGGGUGGUUUAUGAAUAACCUGAAGGGUUGCUUCACUCAGGACUUCCCACUUGUCAUUGUCUCUGACAGACACCCAGCUAUCGCAAACGCAAUUGAAACUGUCUUCCCAUGGGCAACAAGAGGGAUUUGCUAUUACCAUAUGCAGAAUAACAUCAUCGGAACUUACCAUGCAAAGGAUAUCAUGUAUAUGGUGAAAGGUGCGGCAUAUGCGCACAACCUUGAUACAUACAACUGGGAAAGAUUCAACAUAAAGACUAGCAAUAUAGCGGAGUCAAUCAACUCUGCUGUCAAGAAAGCGAAGGGAUAUCCAUUACCUUCUCUCUUAGAGUUUAUCAGAGAAAAGCUGAGCCACUGGUUCAUGAAGAGGCGUGAAAAUGCUCUAACUCUCACCACACUCCACAGCAAAGGAGUUGAGUACUUGUUGGCCGUGCGUGAGCACUAUGCCGGUUUUAUGGACGUAGAGCGCAUAGACGAUUGGCAGUUCAGUGUCAAGUCUGGAGCAGGCUUGUACAAUGUAGAUUUGGAACUCCGAACAUGCUCUUGUGGGGUGUUUGAAGUUGAGAAGAUACCUUGCUCACACGCCAUUGCUGCAAUUAACGACGCGCGCUUACUUGUCUCUUCAUACGUGAGUCCAGCGUACAAUAAAAACACUGUACACGCUACCUAUGCGCAUCCGCUCUAUCCUUCAGCAUCAAACUUUUCAUUCGUUAAAAAGGAACCUUGCCGUCCCCGGAGCCUGCACCGGCCCCUGGCAGGAAAAAGAAAUCAAGGUGGCAAACUUGGUUAG